AUGGCCGAGUCUGCCUAUAUUACAGACGAGUGCAGGUACAACCUGCCAGCUGGUUUGACGAAGGAUCAACUGCAGAGCUUUCCCGCCUACAAAGUGUGGAUUUCAGCACUCACCAAAACCCUGAAUGCACAAGCUUCGCCUGAGAACCCCUAUCACGAGAAGCCAUACAGACUUCAUGGCGUCACUAUCCAGGCAGUCGACCGCUUCAGGGGAGGACGGCUCGGUUUUCUGAAGCUCACGGCCGACAUACGUACGGAUGAUGGCGAAACAAUACCAGGUUCAAUCUUUAUGCGGGGUGGAAGUGUGGCAAUGCUUCUCAUCCUCAAGGCUGAGGACAGUAGUGUAGAAGAAGAAUAUGUCGUCCUCACCAAUCAGCCUCGUAUACCAGCUGGCACGUUUUCUUUCCUGGAGAUACCAGCCGGCAUGCUUGACGACAGUGGUACUUUUACCGGAGCUGCUGCCAAGGAAAUCGAGGAAGAGACAGGAUUAAGAAUAGAAGAGAGUGAGCUCAUUAAUAUGAGUCAACUAGCGUUACAGGUCUCAUCCAACGCAGACCCAGACGGACAGCAAGACGUGCUUCAACAGGCAAUCUAUCCUUCACCAGGUGGCAGCGAUGAGUUCAUUCCACUAUUCCUAGUUCGAAAGACAAUGCAGAAGACUGAGAUUGAAGGACUAGAAGGGAAGCUGACUGGAUUACGAGACCAUGGCGAAAAGAUUAGCCUAAAGAUUGUAAGGCUCACUGAUGCCUGGAAGGUAGCAGGACGAGACGCGAAGACAUUGAGUGCCCUAUGUUUGUAUGAUGGGUUGCGGAGGGAAGGUAAACUAUAA